GGAUACCCUAACUAACGAAAACUAAUCCAUCCGUGACGUUCGAAAAAUACCAUAUCCCUUUUAUAGGUUAAGUAAAUAUUAUGUAUGUGUAAAUUUUAAAGGCCAAUGAAAUCCUUCAGACUGAUCGUCCACCAAAAAACAUUUAGCGUGGACGAUUUGGUUAUAAACCAGAAGGAUUAUCCGGAAGCGAAGAAAAAUGAUAUAGUGGAGAUUUACCAUCCGCCGCCGACGGAAGAUGAGAGGCUCAAGAAACAUUCAGACGUGGAUGAAGAAUAUCCGCGUCUGCUGUUGCAAAUAAAAAAUUUCCGAGACGAUUUACUGCAAGCGCGAGAGACGGUCAGCGUCGAGCAGAGCGUCGCGACAGCGUUCGGCUUGCAGAUUUACAAAAAUGUUACCAUUCGAUUGAUAAAUCCUUGCGACGUGGCUUUGGAUUCGGUGGAAUUGACAUUCAAAGAUCACUACAUGGGAAGAUCGGAAAUGUGGCGACUGAAAAACAGUCUGGUGCAAACGUGCGUGUACACCAACAAAAAACUGGAGUUUUGCGGGGGCGCCAUCAGAUGCCAGGUGUACGAGAUGUGGGCCAAGGGGGACCGUGUCGCGUGCGGCGUGAUAACCGAGGACACGAAGGUGGUUUUUCGUUCCUCGACCGCCAUGCUGUACAUAUUUUUGCAAAUGUCGUCGGAAAUGUGGGACUUCGACAUCUACGGCAACCUGUACUUUGAAAAGGCCGUUAACGGUUUCCUGCCCGAACUGUUUCUCAAAUGGAAGAAGAACGGCAGCAACCACGAAAUCACGAUAGUGAUGUUUUCGAGGAUAUUUUAUAAAGCCGCCCAGUUGGAGGAAUUUCCGCCGCAUAUGAGAGAAUGCUUGCAAAGGGAUUACAAAGGCAAAUACUACGAAGAUUUUUAUAGGGUCGUCGUCCAGCACGAAAGAUACGACGACUGGAACAACAUUUUGGUGGAGCUGCGUCGCAUCUUUCAGCACUACCUCACCGACCUGCUGUCCUUCCACGUCAAACCGGACAUGGUUGUUCCUCUAGCGACGAACAGUUCGGCAGCCCAUGGUAAUUUCCUGGAGGUGCUUAACAUGUCACUUAACGUGUUCGAAAAGCAUUACCUGGACCGUAGCUUCGAUCGGACCGGUCAGCUGACCGUGGUCGUCACUCCCGGUGUGGGCGUGUUCGAGGUGGACCGGGAACUGACCAACAUCACCAAGCAGAGGAUCAUCGACGGCGGAGUGGGCAGCGACCUGGUGUGCGUAGGCGAGCAGCCGCUUCACGCCGUGCCUUUGCUCAAGUUCUGCAACAAAGACACGUACGGCAAUGUGCCGGACGACUACUCGAUGCCGCACUGGAUCAACUUAUCGUUCUACUCGACCAAUAAGAAGUUCGCUUACUCGAACUUUGUGCCGCGGAUCAAGCUGCCGCCCCUGGGCGGCGGCGAGGGCGGCAACGGCGACGCGAAAAAACCGAAAACGCGCCUGGUGCCCGACGAAGAGUGCAUCCACAACUCGUUCUUCGACUACGACGCCUACGACUCAGCUGUGUUCCAAAAUUGCUCCGCCCACCACACCCAGGACGCAUCGCCGAACCAAACGAAUCGCUUCAUCACGUCGUAUUCGAAGAGAUCGCCGGACAUGUUUUCGCGCGGUACCGAUCUGCGGAGGCGCGUCGCCCGGAAAAUAUCCGAUCCGGAAAUGGUGCGCGAACACGACGGCCUUAAUGGCGCCACAGAUCCGAUAGCGGUGCCGCAGACCAACAAAAACCCGCUCGUGUCGCCCCUGGCGGAAGAAAAAGAUUUUUCGCCGCCGUCGAGAAUGGUGGUCGGAUCGGAGGGCUCGUCGACCCACGAGUCCCGCGCCCUUAUCAAUCCCUUCGAUCCGUCACACGUGACGAUCAAGCUGACGUCGAACCGACGGCGUUGGACCCAUUUGUUCCCGAAAGAUCCGACGGGGGCGCUGAUACAGCAGCACCAUUACCAUUCGGCGUCGCGUUACUCCGGGCCACCGGAAGAACCCGAAGGCGGUGGCGCUCCGCCCCACGAGACGGUCACGGUGAACCCUGCCUUGCUAGACUACUGUAAGAGAAAGGGGAAUCCCCCUACGUUCGGCAAUAUGUCGAUGUUGGGAGCGAACUCGACCCGCAGCCUGACGUUGCUUUGGGGAGCCACCGGGGAGCAAGAGUGGACCCCAGCGCUUACUACAGGUGUCGACUGGAAAUCGCUGACGAUGCCCGCCUGUCUCCCGAUAACCACGGACUUUUUCCCGGAUAAAACGUCCCUACAAAACGACUACGUCGUCUCGCUCUACAGCCUGGUACCGGACACGGUGUACGCGGGAUUCGCCCAGCAGAAGAGCUCGAGCAAGAAGCCGCUUACCACCGACGAAAUUUUCAAAGAGCUCGUCUCGCAACGCCUCGCGCAAGGCUUCCAAUUGAUCGUGAUGAGUCAGAACGCGGAAGAGGCGAGCCAGUACGCCAAAGGGUCGGUGGUGAGGAAAAGUCCCACGGAAAACGACGAAUGUUACUACCUCUCGAUCGGGAGGCUGUUUCACAAGAUCUCGCUGGCCGGCAAUACCGUGUCGGUCACGCGGUAUAGGCCGAGGCACCCCUAUCCCUCAUUCAACUACCAGUACCUGUACAGGUUCUGCGCCCCAUUCCACGACACCUACGAAGACUCGGGGGCCACUUUCACGACCGAGAAGCUGGAGCACUACAACUGGAACUACCUGGACCAUUACGUGUGCACGGGAGGCGACAGUACUGACUUCGUUUUGGUCGAAGCACUCAAAUAUUGGCGCAUAAGGCUGUAUUUCCUGCCUUUGAAUAACGCCGGGACCAAAACUAUCGCCGAAGGUUCUGCCAGGUGCGACAUCUACACUUCGCCGUCGGACGCCGAGAAUCAGCAAAUGGCCGACGGGUUUCUGAAGUUCGUCGAGACGUGCGUCAACAAGCUGAAGAGGUCGAGUUUGGUGUCGAAAAAGCCGCGGAUGUCGCUCAGUAUACAAUCUUUACCGCCCGUAACUCAACCGAGACGUAACAGUGUGAGCAGUGUGUCGCAGAACAUCUCGCGAGCGAACGAAAGGAUAAUGACCUCGUCACUGAGCGGUGCCAACGCUGUCGGUACCCCCCCGGUCCUAAAAUCUGACAGCCCUGGCUCGGACAUAGUAGAAGCGAUGAAACACCAAUCCCAUGGCUUGUCGUACGUCAGCAAUCAGCACAACCUACCCACGUACGCUUUCGUUGCAGCUGACGCCGUCAAGUGGGUCGUGACCCACGUCGAAGACGUCACGGCCGUCGAAGAAGCUCUCCUGGUUAUGCGGAGGCUGCACGGCGAACAGCUCAUCCGGCACGCGUCCGGCGACCACAGAAUACAGUUCGUCUACGGAUCUGGUUUGUUUUACGUCGUGUCCGAUAGAGACGACCGAGCGGGGUCGUAUCACGCGGACAUCGAGAGUUUCGAAAACGACUUCUUCGAGGUGGAGGUGAGACCGCCCCUGAACUGGGGCUUGCGCGAUCCGACCCGCUCCGCCCCUCACUUCCUAAGCGACAACGUCAAUUUCGACUAUUUCGAUUGCGACGCCGACGAGACCAUAUACAAGCAGAUGCGAUUCGAGACGGACAUAAUGACCAAAAGCGACCGCACCGAAUGGGGUCACGUGCACUAUCAGACUGUGUUCCGACCAGACCGCGCGUACGAGCUAGUGCUCGAAUGGCUGACGUCGUCGGGACCGAUCAUAGCCGAACUGCUCUUCAACUUUAAUCGGAAAGCGCAGGCGUGCGGUCUGCAGGUGGUGCCGCUCCCCACCGACCCCCUCGCCAUACCAUACACCGGCAUAUCGGAUCCGUUGCGAAGCCCCAUUUUCGUGCCGCUCGACGUCGACUGUUUCGAGUACGACGAAAUGUUCAGAGAUCUACGCAAGCGUGACUGGUUCGAGAGGCUGUUCCUGUUCCAAGAGGCGAUAGUGCGGAGGUUCGGGUUCCUGCACAGCCUCGCCAACGAAGCGGCCGAAGAACAGAACGUGAAGAACCAUCAAUACAUCCACGCGACGGGUACCAUUUUCGUGUCGAUAUCGAGGCUCGUUUCGAAGCCCGAACGGCAUCGCGUGAACAGCGUUGCCAACGCUCGGGUCACCGACAGGUAUUCGGUGCACGCGGACGUCGUGCCGAGUCCCCACGAAGCUUACAUCACGCGACACGUGUCGGGCAAGAACCGCGAAGACGACCCGAACUGCACCGACAGGAUCGGUUUCCUGUGGUCGUGGAAUCACAUGAUCGGCAAAAAAUGGCGCACGAACCAAGCUGUCGACACCGCGUUCCAGAUAAAAAUGCUACGGGACUUCCGGGAGUUUUGCGGCAACGGCCACGACCGCCUGAAGAAUUUCUGGAGGGACAGCUGUUACGCCAAGAUGACCGAGUAG